CUUCUGUUCACUUGACCUCACGCGGAGAGCACUGACCCCUCCCAAUCCAUUUAUCACUGUUAUUCAUGGGGAUUGCGUCUCUCGCCGUGAUGUAAAUCACUCGCUGAACUUGAUGCACUUUUACGUGCACGUUGUCGAAGACCUGGAUCCAGGCUUCAGCUGCGAGCAUGUGGACUAGUAUUAUGUACGUGGGGCGUUCCUACCGGAGUCAAAUGGCGUCGGUUUGAGGGGUGACUUCUCGUCCGUGGCGACCCGAGUUUUUAUAAUGGGGAACCCCCUCCUCGAGCGACGCAUCACCUAUCUCGGUGACUUCACCUGGAACAGCGUGUCAGGACGUAGCGUUGGCCUGAAGCCCGUCCCCCUGCAAAGCCUCUCAGAGUUGGAGAGGGUUCGUCUGAAGGACGUGGCCUUUAGGCGAUUGCUUCGGGAUCGCGACCUGGGCUGCCCCAUCACCAUCCCUAAAUAUGGCCACAAGCACAAAAAGUCACUUAGGCUGAAGUUGGAUUCAUUAUCUAAAGAGAAGAGCAAAGACAAAGAGACUAUGCCCCAGGCCUUUGGCAUACCACUGUCGCAGGUCAUAUCCAACGACCGCAUACACAAGCAGCGACACGAUCCCCCGCGGGAGGGGCACAGUGACCCCACUGAAUUGAUGCUAUCCUUCCUCCACCUGACCUCCAGCUUUAAAAGGACCAACAAGGAGCUCUCCAGCAGCAACUCAUCCCUUAGCUCCACUUCUGAGACCCCUAAUGAAUCACCUCUGCCCAGCACAGUGGAUGCAGCCCCACGGACACGCAGGAGGGGCGGAGUAUCUGUGGAUUGCAUCACUGACCUUGAUGAUAACCAGUCUCGGCUCUUGGAGGCCCUCCAGCUGUCUCUGCCAGUAGAGGCAGCUGGCAACAGGAAGAAGCGCCACGACAAAAAGCUCAGCCUUAACCCUAUUUACAGACAGGUGCCCAGGGUUGUGGAUCUCUGCUGCCAGCACCUGGAAAAACACGGCCUGCAGACAGUUGGAAUUUUCCGUGUCGGGAGUUCCAAGAAGAGAGUACGACAGCUCCGCGAGGAGUUUGACCAGGGUUGGGAGGUACAUUUGGAUGAGGAGCACAGUGUCCAUGAUGUGGCUGCACUGCUGAAAGAGUUCCUCAGAGACAUGCCUGACCCACUGCUGACAAAGGAACUUUACACAGCCUUCAUCAACACAAUGUUGCUGGAUUGUUCAGACCAACAGAGCGCCAUCCAGCUCCUGAUAUUUUUGCUUCCUCCCUGCAACAGUGACACGCUGCAGCGCCUCCUCUGCUUGUUGUCCACAGUGGCUGCACAUGCUGAAGACAGCAUGGACAAUCAGGGACACGAGAUCACAGGAAACAAGAUGACGUCGCUCAAUUUAGCUACCAUCUUUGGACCCAACCUCUUACACAAACAAAAAAACUCAGACAAAGAGUUUGCAGUCCAAAGUUUUGCCCGUGCAGAGGAGAGCACAUCCAUCAUCAGCGUGGUCCAAAGGAUGAUCAAUACAUACGAUACACUCUUUAUGGUUCCUGCUGACCUGCAGAAUGAGGUGCUGAUUAGUUUGCUAGAGACAGAUCCUGAUGUUGUGGAUUACUUACUGCGGAGGAAGGCUUCUCAGUACUCAGAGCCAGGCCUUCUGAGAGCAGAGGAGGCCUUUCUGACUGAGAGGUGCUUAUCCAAUGAUUCCAUCAAAGCAUCUAGUGGAGAGGUGUCUCCCUAUGACAACAACUCCCCUGUUCUGUCAGAUCCACUGCUGUUUAAAUACCCAGCGGGCAGCAGUCCACUCUCAGACAGGAUCCCCGGACUUUCUGGACAGUAUAAACUCAGUGGCCGUUCUAAAGAUGGAUCUAGCAGCACCUCUCCUACACUUUCUACAGACAAAGAGGCCACAACUGAUAAUUUCUGGGACACCUGGCAUGAACUGCUCAGCAAGGAUUUUAGUGGCCAUCAUAUCACUGGCUCCCUAGGAGACGUGUCGGAAUGUGAGUCGUAUGGAUCAUCAGAAGGGCUGAGCAGUCACCAAGGUAACAACAAGCUUCCCGUCAGACCAACACAAACCUCAUUGGGCGUGCUGGAAACCAGGCCACACCUCCCGGUGACUCGCAGCAACAGUGGUCCUCUUGACCAGAGAGGACAGAUACAACCGCAAUCACCAUUACAUCAGGGACUGAGUGGCCAAUUGGGAGCCAUCAGCUCGGACAACUUAGCAGAAAGGACAGGACACCCCGCAUGUCCAUUAUUUAAGGUCAGGACGCAUAGUCUGUCUCCCCUUCAGUACUCUGGACAGCUGAGGGAGACCCAUAUUUCUCACUCCACACCCUCCCUCUUCACGUAUCAGCCUGACCCCCAAACCCCACAGCAGUCCCAGCAAAGCCCGGCCCCCCAGACUGUAAAUACUUCAGAUGCUGCUGGGCCUGGACAAGAAAGGGGCCCCGGCGCACCAGACUGGCAGACAGAGAGGUGGCAUAUAUGGCAGAUACUGUCGAAAGAUAACGCGGACGCCCUGCCUGAAACUUUAGUGUGAUGCCCUCUUUGUGCAUGUUGAACUAUACUGAUAACUUUAAGAGAAAUUGGUCAUUUGCUGGUCACAUUAUCGUCUGACUUUGCUGUACUGGUUAGUAUUUCUCAUUGAUAGACUGAUUGAACUUCACACCAACAUGUGUUUUUGUUAUUUUGCAGGAGUGUUAAACUGUAUAUACUGUAUAAUAAUAUUUGUUUCAUAUGUACACAUGAUAUAAAACAAUUGUUUUAUGUGAUUUUAUACGUUUCUUUGGUAGUUUAUUUUAAUGUUUUGUUGUAAUCGCUUAGAUUAUUUGCAACACAACCAUCAAAACACUUGUAUUUACACUUGAAUGUCAUAAAUAGACUUGAAUGAUAUUAAUGCUUAAAUUUGAAGCCAUGAAUGUUUUUCAUUGCUGGGUGUAAAAAUAUAAACCCAGUUUAUGUUGUUUAUAUUGGUUUAAAUUUGUAGUAUCUUGAUAUGUACGAGGGCUGAGGCUGUAACAUUGACCUUUGUUACAAUUACAAUGUACUUGUGGAAAUGCUGAAGACUAUGUCCAUAUUACCACAUCUCUUUGUUGCUAGAUUUUAGUGAACUGUCGGUCACAUGUCAGCACUAAUUUUUUGCUUAUACACACCCCAACAUUUUGUGUUUGAGAUAUAUUUUAUUUGUAAAUGUACUUAGUACUUUGCAAUUUGAUGAGAAACAAUUGCCCAUGCUUUUUCUAGUUUCCCUUCUCAAUAAACUGACUGUGAGUUUAAUUGAGAAAAAUGACAAAAGAAAUCUCAGCCUGUCCUGUCUGAUACAUUUUUACAUUUACAAAUUCUAUGGAAACCAAAUCGCACUGUUUUCUUUCAUUGAUGGCCUCAGUGUCUGAAUGUGAGAAUUUGAAUAUUAGUAUUAUUCUCUCACUCCAAACUGUAGACAAAUUGUAAGUGUAUGAAAAUGAAUUUGAAUUAGUUUUGUGGUGUGACAUGAGACAAACUAAGUUAAAAACCUAAGAAAAGUAAGAUAAGCUAGUGUGCAGUGACAUAGGUCAGAACAUGCAGUUAUUUUCUGCUCAGCAUGUUUUGGAAUUCAGUAAAACCCGUAAUCAUAUCCAUGGGUCCCGUGUGGUAUGUGGCACUUGCCAAACCUUACGCAAUCUCAUGGUAUUUUUACUCUUUUAAAGUGGCUGCAGCUUAUAAAUUAAAAUAUGUUACCACCACUGUAGAAAAUUAAUGUAGAAGUCAGUGGGGUGCAUAUUGAACUCCUAUGAGGAGCCAUGUUUUCUAUCUAACUUCCCCCCUUUUUCCCAAGGAGUUCAUUCAGGAAUCAGCAGUGAAACAAUUGCCUGAACUGGCCACAAGAGGGAAGCAUGAGACCAGGAAAUUAUUUUCUGUUUCCUUGCCGCAUCUAAUCCUUGUGCAUUGUGGGUAUACAGUGGGUUUUAACGACUCAUUACACAGCUAUUACUUAAGUUUAAAUCUUAUUAGACUCUUCCCACCAUGGUAGGGAUGGUGGUGAUUUCAUGUGUUCAACAGUAAUCUCCCUUUAUGUGAAUGAAAAAAAAGAGAUCGGAGCUGAGACAAUAACAGUAACAAUUAUCACUAAAUAAACUCUCAAAGUACUGCAAUUGCAAGACGUAAUCACAAGAAGUAUGCAACUCUGCAGGAAAUAGCUACCAUUGAAAUCUGGUACAGAUUACAGAUGGUUCAUAAAACUCUGGGAAAGCAUUUGAGCAUAUGACAGUACGAUUUGUUGCCUUAAAGUAUUGAAAAUGAUUGAAAUCAUUGAAAUUAUGUAAUUUUGCAUUAUAAAUUUGUGUUUUAAAAAACAAUAAAACAAUAAACUUCCGCACAUUGGCAAUAAA